UCAAUGAGGUGGUGAUGGGCCAAUUGAAAGAAGCCACGAGGGACUUUCUGAAAGGGAGACCAUUCUCUGAGUAUCUAAAAAGUCCUCAUUUUUAUAGGUUCUUGCAGUGGAAGGAGCACGAAAAGCAGAGGAUCAGUGCCAAAUACUUUUAUGAGUUUCGGACUUUGGGGAGAGGAGGCUUUGGCGAGGUGUGUGCAGUGCAGGUAAAACACACAGGCCAGAUGUAUGCCUGUAAGAAGCUGGACAAAAGGCGCCUGAAGAAGAAAAGCGGUGAGAGGUUUGCUCUUAUGGAGAAGCAGAUCCUGGAGAAGGUGAACAGCCACUUCAUAGUAAACUUGGCCUACGCUUAUGACACCAAGAACCACCUGUGCCUUGUCAUGGACCUUAUGAAUGGAGGAGACCUCAAGUUUCAUAUCUACGAGCUCGGCAAGCGGGGUAUCCACAUGGAACGGGUUGUUUACUACUCGGCCCAGAUCACCACCGGGAUGCUCCACCUGCACUCGAUGAAUAUCGUGUACCGCGAUAUGAAGCCUGAGAAUGUGCUGCUGGAUGCCAAAGGACAGUGUCGGCUGUCAGAUCUGGGAUUGGCCAUGGAGCUGCCAAAGAGCAAGACGAUCUGCCAGAAGGCUGGUACAACAGGCUACAUGGCUCCUGAGAUUUUGAGGCAGGAGAAUUACCGCAUGUCUGUGGACUGGUGGGCUCUGGGCUGCAGCAUGUAUGAGAUGGUGGCUGCCCGUUUGCCUUUCAAAGACUUCAGAGAAAAGGCGCAGAAAGAGGAGGUGACUCGUCGCACCUUGGAGGAUGAGUGCAAGUUUGAUCACAAACGCUUUGAUGACCUUGCCAAAGAUAUUAUCGGUCGCUUUCUAAAGAAGAAGGUGGCACAUCGCCUGGGAUGCCGAAGUGGCGAUGAUCCACGAAAUCACUCGUUUUUCAAGGGCAUCAAUCUCCACCGUCUGGAGGCCGGACUGGUGGAAGCCCCCUGGAUGCCAAACCCCAACAUUGUCUAUGCCAAGGAUGCACACAAGCUCAGGGAGACCUCUGAAGUUGAGGACAUGACAUUUGAGUCCAAAGAUAUGAAAUUCUUCAAGGAGUUCAGCACAGGAGCGGUCUCCAUCCAGUGGCAGAAGGAGAUGAUUGACAGUGGAGUGUUUGACGAGCUGAACGACCAAGAACCGAACGGUCAUGGUUAUGAAAGCGACUGGAAAUCCAGUGUGUGCAUCAUUUCGUAAGCAUUUUAACUCAACUUAAAAUUCAGUCAAGUUUUUUUAAACACAUUCCAAAGUGCUUAUAAUACUAAACUAAGUGCCACAGGUAACUUUUUCUACAGCCAUCUGUCUGUGUUGUUGUACCAAAUAGGAAUCAUCUGUGUUUGUCUCUGAAAAAAUAACAUCACAUUGCAGUUUAUGGUGCUACAGCCAAACUUAACAGGACAUCUGCCUCAGCGUUGAAUCAAAACCCUCUUUUUGUUUUCAGUAUCAUGCCUGGAUGAAAACAUAUUGACAUUGUUCUGCAACUGCUGCUUUAUACUCGGCCCUCUAUCCCUGGUGAGACAGCAGAUCCCAGUGCAUUCAUAGUUUCCAUUACAUCACUCCUCCAUUUUGGCAGGGACAAAUUGUUUACAUGUGUUGGUAAACAAGCUCCAUAAUGGCUGUAUAUCUUUGAACAGCAGCAGGGUUACUAUCAAUAUUUGCAGUAAUGUGCCACAUUAGAGUGACAGAUUGAACUCUCACAGAAAUGCCAUGAAUGCCUUCUUCUCGUAUGACCUCCAUGCUGCACACUGUACUCCCUCAGUGGCAGACCUUCACCACUAAGUGCCGCCAGACACCCAUGAAGUGCAUUGAACCUCCCGCAGAGCUGGUCCUCCUCAUUAUCCCGACUCUGCAGCUCCUCUGGUAUUUACAAGCACUGGAUGACUCGUUCAGCUUUAACAAGGGGAUGCAGGGAGACAAAUUGUCGUAGACACUUAGUUUUCCUACUUAAAAUAAAAAAGUCAGCAUUGACUUUUUGUUUUUAACAAUGCAAUACUGACCCUCUUUAUUACCCCCCAAAUCACCCUGUGUUUACAAGCCAAUUGCAACCUCACAAAGAAACGUCAACUUUGUACAACAUAGCAACACAAAACAAGUUAUGUCUGUUUUGUUCUCACAGAUGGUCGAGGAAGUUUCUGGUUGUAGGAAAUCCAUGUUCCUUGGUUUUAAAUAAAUACUCUUUAUUCAUUGGUAGACAACAGUGAUCAUAGGCAGACUUAUACUUGAAAAGCCCAGGAGAUUUUUUCUGAUGUAUAUCUAAGUUAUUGUUGUCCCUUUUUAAUGGAAAGGAAAGAGGGAUGACUAUGGGUGACAGAGGCAAGGGGAUGUCAAAAGGGGUGGCCAGGGGUGGCACUGAUCCCUAUUGAAAUCUGAUUGGCCUAGCUAAAAUCCUCAGCUAUGACUGGCUAUUUGCUUUGAAGGAGGCAGGACUUAUUGUAACAAUCAACUAUUUAGCUGGCAGUAUUUUUCUUUGUUCCUAAAUGUAGCACAUUUGUUUUAUUAGUGCUUCAAUUGUAACUUUUAAAACAGCACAUUUUGGAACUCUUAAGGGAUUAAGUUGAGAAAAUGAGUGUGUCACCUCUCUGUUGAGUUUUGGUUGUUAAAGUAGAAAUUGAAGACAAAGAGGGUAAACGUUAUUAAUUUGUGUGUGUGCAUGCACAGUUAUCACGGUCACCCCUUCCUAUAUCAGUGCCCCAGCUUGGCCACCCCAUUAAAAAAGUCUGGACUCACCCCUGCAUUGUGAAAUAUGUCAAAUGUUCCUGUUCAGACUCCAAUCAGGAACUUUGUGAUUACAAAUUUAGAAUCUGCAUUUCCAUAGGUGUCUUAUGUCUGACUCAUGUUUUUAUCUUUGUUUUCUGUCAGUCAUCAAUUAAGUAAGCACUGCACUGUGACAUUUGAUACUUCAGUCUCAUGUUAAAAGCUGCAUUGCCUGUGCCAGUAAUAUUUUGUAACAUUCAGAAGAGAUUUUGUAAUGAUGACUUAACAUUUUAUGA